GUUGCAUCCACUUGUGACUCGCUAGGCAAACUAGCUUAGUUUCUUUCAUGUGACGAAUAGCCCGUAUUUUGUGACUUUAACGAUUUUGGUGUGACAUGACUUGACGUAUCCUGGCUUUUGAUAUAGGUAAUUUAUAAGGUUUUGGACAUUUUACUCUAUGUGGUUCGAAUCAAAUUAGGGAAGAAUCUACCUAGGCCUACCUAUACAGCAAGAUUGGAGAUUCGUUGAUUGAUUACAGAACAUUCAACCUAAGUUAGAUUUACUUAUUUGAUUCAAGUCCGUCUACAAAAAUGAGAGAUUCUAAGCUGCCGUUGACGUUGGUGGUGCUGAUGCUCCUGGCUGCUGUUCCCUCCUUUGCGCAGCUGCCCCUCGACAUGGCCAAAUUCUUCAGGCAGGACAACCUGAGGUCGUCCACAUCUUCCACUUUGGGAUGGAUAACCGUAAGGCCCAAGACGCAACUGCCACCAGGGGCCGUGACCAUCAAAGGCUCGUCGGAACAUUGGUGUAGGGCUCAGAUACACGGGCAAUGGGCCUCAGGAGUCAUCCGUGACGGCGCGUGUCAGUAUCCUUUCCUGAACGAUAUCCGCAAUGCCUCUUCAUUUGAUGCGUUGAUUUCGAUCAACGGAUCGACGCGACUAACUUACAGUGACUGGGAUAGAGUGACUGUCUUCCCAAGUUUUUCAAUCACUACCCCUCAGAUGAUCUUGGCUGUUCUCGAAGACCACGAAACUGGCAUCUUUAAGCCUGGAUUCGUUGACCCGAAACAAAAGGAAGCCUUUUUCGUGAACGGAGAUCAAGUUGAAAAGAGUCUAAAGGCUACAAUCAUCACCGAAGAAGAGCCUAAAGAGUACGAGCUUUUCGGCAUCGAAUUAGAACCCAAAACCAUGAAGAAAACGUUCUCGGAUGUUGUGAAGUCCGAAGUAUAUUUGGAAAAUCCCUCCACAGAAGAAAAGAUUGUUGAAGUCGAGGAGGACUUCACCGUCAAUGUUCAACAUUAUUGGGGUUCCGUGAAAGGUGCUGUGACUGGAACCAAAUUCUCUACUCCCGAAAAGUCGGGCUUGUUCGUUGGAGACUACAACCAAGAACAGAUCUCAAUGACCCAACGCGUGAGUUACCUUUUGCCUCCAGGCUCGGCAGUCAAAGGAAAACUUAUCGCUAAUAUGAGUGAACUUUCCGCUCAGUAUUCCGCUUCGCUCACGGCCAUUUUCGAGGACGGGUUCCAACUCACGCGACCCAUCACUGCCUUGCACUCAGAGACUCGCAUGGCCGAGCUCAGGGUGGACUUUGAACAACCAUUCAAUCUCGCCGACAACUCGCCCAUCGCUACCCUAGAAGAAACCUCCACCAUACUUCGGUACUCGACUACCACUACCACUACCACAACAUCAACCACCCCUUCACCCGUCUCUGGCGGCAAACCACCUCGUUCUGCCCAAGUGGGUGUUAAUGGUGGUGCAGUUUAUGGUGCUUCGUUUGGUUUUGUGCUCACCAUGAUUGGCGCUGUCAUCGCGUACUGAUUGAACGUUCUGAACUUCACGCGAAUUUUUCCCUUGAAAUUUUGACUCGAAUGAAUUUUUUCUCCAAGACCUGUUGGCAGAAUGUAGCGCAACUGAAUUCAAAAUACUGACAGAAAUCCUAAAUCUUUCAAAAUUACUUAACCUGUGAGUCACUUCUUUUUUAAUUAACUCAAGUAUUUGAAAUACUAUUCGAUGCAACACAUUUGCAUGAAUUUAUAUUUGAAUGGUUUCUCCUCAUUGAAAUAAAACAUAUUUGAAUUUAUGUAAUUUAUUUUAUGGCGCACUCAGUUUCGCUGGUUUUAGCUUUGGUGCUAGUAUGAAAAUCAGGCGUAAAUCUAUUAGCCAUUCAUUGAUAUAUAUUAACAAAGUUAGAGAUAAAAAAAUUAUUUUGCGCUUUGAUGAUGACUAGGUUUGACACUUUACUGGCGAAAUUGUCUUGUGUCUAAAUUGUCGAAAUCUAUUGUCACAUUUUUUUUUAUUUUUGUGCGACCAACGGAAAAUUUUACAAGGGAUUUUGACAGAAAAUUUAGUACGUAACUAAUGCGUUCCUAUUAGAAGAAGGCGAGUGGAAUAGAAGCUUGACUGUUUACUUUCAUUUGCGGGUGGAGUAUAAUGAUUUAAAUGGAUUUCAAAGCCCAAGAUACAACUGCCAAUUCCUCCAAUUGAACAGUAAAAGUAUUGUGUUGAGUGUGGUGAACUGCGAACCAAAUUUCGCAAAAAGGGCGUUGUAGGAAAUGUUUCUGUUGUCGUUAUUUUUAGUUCAUGAAUUUUUUAUUUUAUGAGUUUAGACCGUUGCCUUAUGCUUAAAAGUUGUAUAUAGAUAAUUUAGAUGAAUGGCGCUGCAUAAUAGAAUAGAAUUUGAAACUUUUUUC